AUGAACGAAUCGUCUACAUCUUUGAGGAUUACCAGAGGUAGUCCUUUGCAUGUCAAUGUUGUUGACAUUUUACCAUCCUUUUCAAUGGGGCUAACUCAAGAAUUUGGGGUUAAUGUAGGGUCUUUGGGAAAAUCAAAACAACUUAUACAAGAACAAACCAUGGAAGAACUGAGAUCAAAGAAAAAAAACGACCCUAUGGCAGUUCAACAAGUUAUUAAAAAUGCCAAUGCUAGAGGCAUUAAAAUUGUACAAGGUACAAGAAAGAGGAAAGCUGUAAUCAUCGAAUCAGAGGAAAAUGAUUCUGAAGUUGUCGGAUCUGAAGAACUUCAUAAUCAUGAGGAAGUCAGAUAUAUUUGCAACAACCGUGAAAAAAGGACAAUUCACAUGCAAUGUUAUACGCAAAUAAACACAUUGAAUGAGCUUCAGAAUAAACUGCCUCCAAAGCAAUAUAAUCGUAUAUGUGCAUCAUCGUGUUUUGCACAGUUAACAGCAAUGAGACGAUGUCACGUGCAAGCACAACUGUUUAGAUGCAUUAUGUUGAGGGAGUUGGAAGGUAGUUCUGUGAAUGCAAUACUUUUUUAUAUAAAUGGCACAACGCUUCGAUUCACAAUACGGGAAUUUGCCAUUAUUUCUGGUUUGAAUUGUUCUGAUAAUGGUGCUGACUUCAACUUUGAUACUGAUCAACCCAAUAGAAUCAUCGAUGAGUAUUUUCCAGGGAAUUCUCCUGUCACUAAAGCUCGUUUGGCUGAAGCUUUUAAAGCAAAGGUAUGGGGUGACAAUCAGGAAGAUGCAUACAAGUUUGGGAUUCUAUAUUAUAUACAUGAGUUUAUCAUGUCCGCAGAACCUACUACAACAACAAUAGAUAGGUUGGACUUUGAUCUGGUUGAAACAGGUAGAUUUAUGGAUUAUCCUUGGGGUCGGAAGGCUUUUAAUGAACUUGCUAAAUCCAUAAACAACAAGAUAAAGCCAUGUGGACAGUACUACAGAAUUCAGGGCUUUCCACUUCCAAUGCAAGUUUGGUUCUAUGAAUGUUGCUCUUAUGUUGAUGACAAGAUUGCUGUCAAGGUUUCUAGUCACAUUCCUCGGAUUAUCAAUUGGGUGACUAAGAACGACCAUCCUCGGUUUGAUUAUUUCAUGAAAACAAUUUUUAAUGAUGCAGAUAAUCCGAUUAAGUUCAGAAAUAUCGAGCCAACAGCGAUGGAAAUUAAAAUCCUCAAACUUCCACAAUCGACAGAACAAUCAAUUUCUCAGGGCCUGCAGACUGAUCACAAUAAAGUUACAGAUCCGGAUGAUGAUUUCCAAAACCCGCCCAGUAUAACAAGCAGAAAAGGAAAAGAAAAAGUUAUUGAAUGUUCUUCACCGAUUAGGAAAAAGAAAAAGCAAUCUGUUACAGUCAUCUCUUCAACAAAGGCAGUUAAGACAUACACACGAAGAUCAAUGGCGCGCAAAGCCACACGAUCACAGUCCAUCAAUAUCAACAGUGUUGCGAAACACAGUGAUGCAGGUACGUCACACAACAAUGAAAAUGUAGAGCAGAAAAGUGUACAAGACAGAACACAAAUGGGGCAAAUUAAGAAGUCAACAAGCAUUACAAUAUCGCGUGAUGAAUUUGAAGCAUUCAAAAAAUCGGUCAAGGACGAGUUCGCUGAUUUGAGAAAAAUGCUUGAAGACAAAUUCAAAACAGUGUUGGAAGCCAUGAAUUCCAAGGGUAAUGUCGUCGAUGAUGAUCAAGAAUCACCCAUUGGAGAUGUUCAUCACAAGCCCACAUACACUCCACAUGAACCCCAAAGUCAAUCUGCAAAUGUGACAGAACAAGAGGCUACAUUUGAAGAUGUUAUGCAAGAAACGCAUAUCACUCGUGUUCAUCAGUUAAAUACCAAGUCUUCACAGUUAGGUGCACAAAAAAACCCGAUAGGUCAUCAAAGUGCAUUAAAAGAUCGUGAGCUGGGAGAUAACUUGCAAGAACUAAACCAGAAUUCCCCACUCUUGGAUCAUGUUGUUUUGGGUGAUAAUUUGAAUGAUGUAAGUGGCACUGCCUCACAAGAUCAAUUAGUGUUGUAUGCUAAUGUGGAUGCCCAGCAAAAUGCCAAAAGGGAAACUGAAAGUAGCUCAAACAGUCGGGUAAUAUAUAACAUAUACAAUGCUGCAUCUCACGAGCGUAUUGCAGAAGCAGAGGAGUCUAUUAUAGUUGCAGCGCCUAUACAAAUGGUAUACAUGCCUGAUUCAAAUCAGGAAACAGUUGUAACUGAAUCACAGGAUGAAUUGCCAGACCAUCUUCUUCCAAGCGUGAACACACUGCAAAACAUUGUAUUACAAAAACAAGUUGAAGCUGAAGUAACACCCAUGCCAGCUGUUAGGCAUAGACGUCCAGGUCCAUUCAACAUAUCUCCGUACAUGACUUCGUUUGGUUCGGAUGCUGGUAGUUCGUCCCGACAGCCAGUUGUGUUUUACAUGAAACAUCCAUUUGUUUCAUUGUCUGAUAAGGAAGAGUCUGAUUUGUUUUCAAAUUUUUGGAUAUGGCUGAAAGAAGACUUACUCGUCAAGCAUUACAAAAAGAACUAUGCGGAGGAUCGCUACAAGAAAGGAAAGGCAAUAUUACCACAAUUGUUUAAUUUUGGUGUAGCGACAAUUGACAACAAGAAUUGGUUCUACAAUAUCGGGUUUGAGCGCCAGUUGAUUGAUAACUCGCACAUAGAUGUCUUAUUCUACUAUAUAAGGAAAAAGGCCAAAUACUCCAACAGUAGCACAUACAAAUUCACAAAUCUAUGUUGCAAUUUCAACACUGUUUUUCUAAAUGCUUGGAAUGCAUAUUAUGGAAUAAAAGGUGACCUUUCUAAGGAAGUGUUAGACGAGAUGAUUAUUGAUUAUAUUAAUGGAUACAAGAUGCUAGCGUAUGCACCAUGGCACACAGUCGAUGAUGUAUUCAUCCCGGUUAACUUAGAAGGCAGGUUACAUUGGAUUCUGAUUGUCAUAUCUUUCAAUGAUCGAUGCAUCAAGGUGUAUGACUCAAUCAACAAUUCUCUUCACCACUCAUUUGUUGUCAAUCACAUCAAGAAGUAUGCACAGCUUAUACCAAUGUAUCUUGUAAAGUCUGAUUUCUAUCAAAAGAAAGGUCUGGAUAUUGCAAGCCACCAUCGAUAUCAAGGUCAUACCGUAUAUGAUUCAUUCGAAAUUGUAUAUGUGGAAGACCUUCCCCAACAACCAGCUGCUAGUUUGGACUGUGGAGUGUAUGUUGCGUCAUACGCGGAGUUCUUGAGUGAGAGGAAAGACAUUCCAACAGUCUUAGACCCAGAAGAAAUUCGCCUUAGAUACGGUGCAUUGUUGUGGAAUUACGGCAAUCAAAAGAUACAAGCCGGAGCUGUCAGUGAUAUUGAAGCGCCUUUAAAACCCGUCAGGAAUCGCACACAAAACAACAGUUCUGAAAGGAUUACAAUCCAGUAGGUUGAUACCUUAGUUGUAGCAUUGUUUUGAUUUUUGCGUUGACAGUUAAUAUUAGUUGUAGAUUAACAAUUUCACGAUAAUUUUUUUUUAAUUAAUUCGUAAUAUCAUUUUCUUUGUUUUGAACUA